AUGACUGGUGGAAGUCAACAAUCUGGCAGAAGUCGCCUUGUUGAUCGUGAAUCCGCACAAGCUUCAUUAACAGUCGCCAUUUUAGCGUUUUUCAUUGUCGGCACCAUUCCAGGUGUACUGCUGGUCACGAAGGACACGGUCCUGGUCACGAGGUUCACGGUCCUGGUCACGAAUGCUGUUGUGAGGACCAGCAAUGUAUCGAUAGCCUUCGGGAUGUGCGUUAUCGAGAGGGAACACGGCAGGCUAAGUGGGUGGUGCGACGGACCGGAUCAAUGCACGGAACACCACCGUGGGAUAUGUACAGGUGAACACGACACGCACGGCCAUGGAGGAUGCUGCUGUCAGGAUGAUAAAUGUGUCGCUACCGUCACAGUGAUCACCACUUCGGCCCCUUUGACCAACGCUCCGACGACAAAAGUUGAUGCGGUCACGACGGAUGCUACGACCAGUGCUUCUAACACAACAACAGAAUACCAAAUAAGCAUCACAACAGUCCCAAUUGUCACAGACAGUUCAACAACUGCCACGCCCAAUGUCCUUCAUUGCCCAACAUGUACCGACGAUUUUGUAGCCGACUGUCAGCAGAAUGCUGAGUGUACUGCAGAUGAGGCAUGCAUGCUGCAGGUUACUGAAGGACAACUUCAAACAGGAUGUGUAGAGAUAACUGAUUGUGAGUACAACGCCAGAAUAGGAACUAGUAUAUGCUGCAAGGACAAGAACUGUACCGACAACGCCUUCAGAAACUUUCAUGAUUUCAUUUUUACUUGUCCGACUUGUCAGAACACCCCGGACCCCAAGUCUUGUAUGGAUACGCAAUGGAAGUGUGCUUACAUGAACAAAGGCUGUAUGAUUUCACUUACUACCAGAGGAUUUACAUCUGGUUGUAACACAAAUGGAACGGAUUGUCAUCAGGCGCAAGCAGCAAACAGCGCUCUGUGUAAUAUAAACCCUAUUCCCUUCGGCUUUAACCCAGACCUACAAUGCAGUUUCUGCUGCCACCAGAAUGAAAAUACCUGUAUAGUGAACGCAUUGGGAAUACAUGAAAUAACAACACCGCCCGAAGUCACUGGAAGUGCAGUAGGCUCAGCCUGUUUCGACAUUGAUGAUGAUACGUUCAACUGUAAGAUGUUUAACACGACGUACGAUCUUUGUGCGCAGACAAGUGGAUUAUUGGGGCACCUUGUCGUCACCAAAUGUCGUAAAACAUGCGGUGUAUGUACAGACGGCAGUCUAACCACUGAAGGUGUAAGUGUUGCCACGACAGGUAUCAGUGUAACGAAUGAAGGUGUAAGUGUCGCCAUGACAACAACAAGUGGCAGUGUAACAACUGAAAGUGUUAGUGUUGCCAUGACAACAACAAAUGACAGUCUAACAACUGAAGGUGUAAAUGUUACCAUGCCAACAACAAGUGGCAGUGUGACAACUGAAGGUGUUGCCAUGACAACAGUUAGUUCUCCUCAGCCAACUACUCCAAUGCCUUGCAUCGACCAUGAUGUAAACAACAACUGUGAUUUGAUGCGCGACGUUUUAUGUCAUGCAAAUGAUCCCCAUAUCAUGAACUAUGCUGUCGCUACGUGUGCUGAGACCUGCGAUCUCUGUGCGGAAUAUCUUCAACAUUUGUCUGGACUUGUCGUCACUCCGUAAUAAAAGGCAGUGCACGUGCGAUACAUUUGAAACGUUGUAAAACUUGAAAAAAUAAAAAGGAUACAUCUU